GGCAUUCUUAUACGCCAAGACUCACUCUUCUCUUGGCAUACAAAGGAGACCCAGCCUUCUUAUAAAAUCAAAAUGACUUCCUUACACUCCGCGACCGUUCUUGUCCCAGACUUCAUCCCACUUGGCUACCUCAUGCAACCUCCAUCAGAUUCUCCUCCUCCUCACUCUACUGCUUCAUCCUUGAAAGCUCCUUCACAAUCACCACCACCAGACACCUCAGUAUCAAUCCCAUCACACUCAGAAUCUUACAAUUGUCAAUGGGUCGAUUGCUCGGCAACUUUCACAGAUCCUGAGGUUCUCUACAAUCACCUCUGCAACGACCAUAUCGGUCGAAAGAGUACAAAUAAUUUAUGUCUCACUUGCAAAUGGAAGGAUUGUGGGACCUCCUGUGCCAAACGCGAUCAUAUCACAAGUCACCUCCGAGUCCACACUCCGUUGAAGCCGCAUGUCUGUGAGAUAUGCAAAAAGUCUUUCAAGCGCCCGCAAGAUCUCAAAAAACACGAGAAAAUCCAUACAGAGGAGCACCAUGCGCAGCACAAGCACUCCAAAGCAAUUACCGUAAAUGAUCCUGCUUACGCCUCCCGUGUUCGCGGAGAUGCUGUCCCAUCAAAAGGCGCUCUCAAUAGGUCGCUUUCUGGUAAACUCCAAGGCCCAGCGCCGGGCGCGUUGCCUUCCAAAGUCCCUUUCGCUCGUGCACGCCCACGUUCCGCUAUAGGAGCAGACGGUGGCCACUACAGUGCCUUGCCCACUCCUUCUCCGGAACUUGAUAAUCAUCCUCGUCAUCUGCCUCAUCCGUCAUACGACCCCUUUCUCCACAAUCAGGUACCCUCAUGGGACAAUACUAAAUCCGACGCACGCGCCUCAAAUCGCAACAAGAGGUCGCUCGACUAUACUGUCGACGAUUUCUUCACUGAAAUGAAGAAGAGGAAAGUCAAUCCUGCUUACGACAACCACAUGGUGGAGCGUCUCAAUAAUCUAACAUAUGCACAAGACGGUGCACAUUAUGACGAGUUUAAUCCUCGCUCAGUGUCUUUUGACGUCCGCACACCAGAGGAACUUGCUGCGGUUAACGAAUUUCUUGUGACCCUUGGCCGGGACGUGACUGGAAACAAUCGCGCACCCCAGGACCUAUCCGGACGGUUCUCACCAACGUCAUAUUUUGAUGCUGACAGCCUCAGUCAACUUGGGCUCACCGGAAUGCCUGGACUGCUGGGUCCAGGGACAGCGUACGCUCACGAUGCCGCAUAUGCACAGACUGCGCACCAAUAUGCCACCGCCGCCUACCCUUCACCAUCACUUGGGAGAUCUUCUCACCCAUCCGUGCAGCAGACUCAAUAUAGUCCUGUUUAUCCGCCUAUGCAUGUUUCCAGCCCUGGUGGCUACUCAGAUCAGUACACGUCUUCCCAUCAGAGUCGCGCUUCAGCGUCCGCCUCCCAUGAUUAUGGUCUCAAUACGCCAUCCUCGACAUAUGCCUAUCACUCAGCAUCCACUCCCCAAGGGCACUUCCACCCUACACCCCCGCUCGACCCGACAUCACCACAUUCUUCUAGUUCCACCCCUUCCAAUGCUACGCCACCACAUCACUCGUCGAUACAAGAGUCUUUUGCUGAAUUCAGCUCGCUUCGUAGGCCUCGUGGCGCUCCUCCACCUGUGCAAAUGGCUGCACCAGAGUACCAUAACAAGGCUAUGCGGGCCAUGAUCCAAUUGAAAACAGCUCCUGCUAAUGCACCCGAACCGGUACCGGUAGCACCUGCCCUCCCUACAACUCUACACCGCGGAUCAAUCAAUGCAUUGCUGUCACCGCCCUCAUCAUCUGUGCCUUCUUCCAGUAAAUUGUACCCCUUACUGCUUCCCGAAGACUCUCAUUUGAAGCUACCAUCACUCAAGCCUGAUGCAGGUCCGUUCAGACUCCCACCCAUUAAGGACAUGUACCGCCCGCCCUCACCUCAUACGUCUGCAUCACGAUCUCCGGAUACAUCCCGUGGGACGACCCCUAGCUCGACACGUUCGUCACCUGUGUCCGCUCACACAUCCAUCACUGGUCUACGCUCAAUCACUGAGACAUCAGAGAGUGAUGAACUAGUCAAGAAAGUUGACAAGAUCCAGCUAGAUCACCUGACAAAGGAAGUCACACCGGAAGACCGGCAGAAGCAUGCAGAGCUCAUACGUAACCUGCUUGUGAAGAUUAACGAGGAUUAUCGGAAACGCUUCGGCAGUCCCCAGAUGGGAUCCUCAAGGGUUUCGCGAACCCGGCUGCCUUCGGUAGAUGUGGAGAUGGCCGUUGCAUAGGCGAUAGACAUUAAUUAGUUAUUACAAACCCAUCAUCACUGUUUUCUGCUUUUUGCACUCUUUACUUGUACACGAGUUUAUUGCGAGACAUACGUUACAUAUAUUA